AUGGCUGCGGAGCGAUCUUCUAUAUUUGUUUGGUUUGAGCCCAUGACUGGUUUUUAUGCUGCUUUGAUUGACGAGGAACUAUGUCUAGAAGAGGCCCAACUUCAUGCAAAAGAGCAAGAGCUUCUUGCUGCCAUUAAUCCACCACCUUCAAUUGAAGCUUCGGUUCUACCAGUUGAAGCUUCUAGUUCUCAAGUUACUCCUGACGUUCUCGAGAUUCUUCCAGCAGGAGUUCCUACUAUCACUUUGCCAACUGCUCUUUCAUCAGCCACUUCUCCCUCCGUUGCUGAGCUUACAUCCCCUGUAAACUCAGAAAAAUCUCUUGCUGAAAUUGCUCUGGGCAAAUGCCCGGGACGCAAACUAACUAGAGUCCCCCCUUCUAAAAGGAGACUCACUCUUCCUACUGAGGAAUCGUCCUCAGAAGGUUUUGAUUUUGCUGCCCCUUCUUCUAAUGAGCCUACUUUGGCUGAUUUAUAUCCUUCCCUUCUUUUUUCUUCCUCUUCUAGCAAUACUGCCCCUAGUAGUACUUCUUUUACUUUUCGUUUAUCUAUUUCAGAAUCUGGGUCCUUACCUCCUUCAUCCUCUUCUUACUUAGUUUUCGCUCCCCCUUCUAUCGCAACUUCCUCCUUUUCUACCACUUCCUCUUCUAUCCCUGUUCUUCCUAUACUGCUAGGAGGCUCUUUCGCCACUGCUCGAGAGGAAAUUCAUCCUCUCUUUGGAGAGCUUCCCCCUUCCGAGACAAUUGAUCAAUUCUCACAUGAGGAAACCAAACGGUGGAUGGCCAAUAUGAGUUUAGCUCGCCUAGCGCAUAACCUAUAUCAUGAGAACGAGAAGUUGAAACGACAAGUUGCUGAGCUAUCUUCUACCACUCUUUCAGAAAAGUCUAAGGAACGAUAUGAAACCCAACUUGAGAGCCUUCAGUCUCAAUUUAAAUCAACCACAGACCUUAAUACUGAGUUAUCUUCCAAAUUAGAGAAGCAGAUUGCUGAGGCUAACAAACUAAAGUCUGAUUACGAGUCCACCUUGGCUGACAAACUCAAAGCUCUGCAGUUGAAGGAUGAUGAAAUAACAUCCUUAAAUACUUCAUUGAAUACAGCUAAGACAAAGGCCUCCACCAAAGAUGCUGAGUUGAAGUCUUUCCAGUCGGCUCUAGUGGUUUACAAAGCUGGUGAAGACGGUCGCUUCAAGGAGCGGGCCACCACCUUGAUCAAAUCUACUAAAUUCAACAGGCCGAUCAUAAAGUUUAUUUUGGCCGCCUAUACCCCCGGAGCUGAAGGAGCAAUAAAGCAAUUGCUAGAAGAAGGCUUCCUGUCUCGUGAUCCUCGUCCUAACUUCUUGAACCGGCGUAAGCUGAUUGAUAACAGGCCUGCAGACCUAUUUCCUCAAUUGUCUAUAGAAUGA